GCGGGUGUCCCCCGGCCCCCGCAGCCUCCACACACCCGCCGAUGAGCCUUUCCAGGGUCUCCGAACGUGUUGCCCUUCCGUUUCCCGUUCCCUCGCAGUUUCUUCCCGCCUUCCGCGCAGGCAGUUAAACUGGAAGGCCUCCGAGGACCCGGCGCCGAGGGGACGCAGGACCCCGCCGGCCCGGCCGCGUUCGAGUCCUGUCUGCUCCUUUCUCCGCGCGUUCCCGCUGUUCCCGCUCCGCGUUCCCGCCGCUCGGGCCGUCGGCAGGUCGACUUCGCCGCCGCCCCCGCUCUGUCCCUUCCUUCAGCCCCACGUUGCGGCCAUGUUUGUGCCCUGCGUGGACCCGGCGCCCGAGCUCACGGGCUUCACCCUCUUGAUGCCAGCAGUAUCCGUUGGAAAUGUUGGCCAGCUUGCAAUAGAUCUGAUUAUUUCCACGCUGAAUAUGUUUAAGGUUGGUUACUUUUAUACCGAUUGUCUUGUGCCCAUGGUUGGAAACAAUCCAUAUGCAACCACAGAAGAAAACGCAGCAGAACUCAGUAUAAAUGCUGAGGUAUACUCAUUGCCUUCAAGGAAGCUAGUGGCUCUUCAGUUAAGAUCCAUUUUUAUUAAGUAUAAAUCCAAACCAUUCUGUGAAAAGCUGCUUUCCUGGAUAAAAAGCAGUAACCUUGCCAGGGUUAUUGUACUUUCAAGCAGUCAUUCGUACCACUGCAAUGAUCUACAGCUUCGCAGUACUCCCUUCCGCUACCUUCUUACACCUUCCAUGCAAAGAAGUGUUCAGAAUAAAAUAAAGAGCCUUAACUGGGAAGAAAUGGAAAAAAGCCAGUGCGUUCCCGGAAUCGAGGAUUCUGAGUUUUGUGUCCGUAUCCCUGGAGGAGGUAUCACAAAAGCACUCUAUGAGGAAAGCUGUUCUAGAGAAAUCCCAGUGGCGAUUCUGCUGAAAUUUGUAUCCGAAGGAGACAAUAUCCCAGAUGCAUUAGGCCUUGUUGAGUAUCUUAAUGAAUGGCUUCAGAUCAUUAAACCGUGUGUGGAUGCCCCCACAGUGUCUGCCUUGCCAUGGAAAAUACCAAGUUCUUGGAGAUUCCUCUUUGGCAGUGGUCUUCCCCCUGCACUGUUCUGAUCCGGUUUCAGUUUUAUACCAUGUGUCUCAGGAUAUUUGUCACCAACACAGCUGUUAAACAUGCUAUACAAAAAUUUGUACUAUCUGAGAAUGUAUUAGGAAAUAGGUAUUUACUUUUCAUAGAAAUCUCAAAGAAGAAAAGAUUAACCUUCAAAGGCCACUUUUACCAUACUUUUCAUCAUAUAUAACAGAUGUAAAUUUUGUAUAAUAAAA